CCGGUGGAGCUGCCGGGCGGGGAUGGAGCGGCCUGUGGGUUGUCAAGAGGAGGAAGCGCCGCGUCUCUCUCCCGCAGCCACCGUGUGGAGCCUCCCCCACCCCCUCACAACAACUUUUCAGAAUAGUAGCAGUAUGAUUUAGGUGCAAUAAUUGCCACAGAACUCGCCAUUUUACAUCCGUCUCUAUCUUUUGAUGUCAUAUUUCUGGAAUUUUUAAAGCAACAAUGGCAGACUCCGAGGGUGUAAGGAUUGCGCCUGAAAUGCCAGCAAUGUUUGAUGGGAUGAAGCUGGCUGCAGUCGCUGCAGUGCUAUACAUCAUUGUAAGAUGUCUCAAUCUUAAGAGUCCAACUGCUCCUCCAGAGCUGACUUUCCAGGAUAACGCACUCUCACGAUUCUUGCUGAAGUCAUGCUCACUGCUGACCAAAGAAUAUAUCCCACCCCUGAUCUGGGGCAAGAGUGGACAUGUACAGACAGCAUUAUAUGGUAAAAUGGGGCGUGUAAGCUCUCCUCAUCCUUAUGGUCUCCGCAAAUAUCUCUCUAUGCCUGAUGGAGCGACUGCGACAUGGGAUCUUUUUGAGCCUUUGGCAGAGCAUAACACUGGAGAGGACAUUACUAUGGUGAUUUGUCCUGGGAUAGCUAAUCACAGUGAAAAGCAGUAUAUCCGAACAUUUGUCGACUAUGCGCAGAAGCAUGGCUACCGAUGUGCUGUUCUUAAUCAUCUUGGCGCGUUGCCGAAUAUUGAGCUCACCUCUCCUCGUAUGUUUACAUACGGUUGUACGUGGGAGUUUGGUGCCAUGGUAAAUUACAUAAAGAAAACCUUUCCUCAGACCCAGCUGGUGGUUGUGGGUUUUAGUCUUGGUGGAAACAUUGUUUGCAAAUAUCUUGGAGAGAAUCGAGCCAAUCAAGAGAAGGUUCUUUGUUGCAUUAGUGUCUGCCAAGGCUAUAGUGCACUGCGGGCACAAGAAACAUUCCUCCAAUGGGAUCAAUGCCGGAGGUUUUACAACUUCCUGAUGGCAGACAACAUGAAAAAGAUUAUUUUAUUUCACAGAAAAAUUUUAUUUGGAGAAAAUGAAUGCAAAGCUCCAAAUUCUCUGGCAGAUGUAGACCUUAGCAAACUUUAUACAGCAACUUCCCUGAUGCAUAUCGAUGAUAACAUCAUGAGAAAAUUCCAUGGGUAUGACACACUGAAAGAAUAUUAUGAGAAAGAAAGCUGUAUGCACUAUCUUCACAAUAUCCAGGUUCCUCUUCUACUAGUGAAUGCUUCUGAUGAUCCCCUAGUACACGAAAGCUUGUUGACCAUUCCCCGUUCACUUGCAGAGAAAAAAGAAAACGUCAUGUUUGUGUUAACUCUACAUGGUGGCCACCUUGGAUUCUUUGAAGGAGCAGUACUCUUCCCAAAACCUUUAACUUGGAUGGAUAAGCUUAUAAUAGAAUACACAAAUGCCAUCUGUCACUGGGAGAAAAACAAGCCCCAUUGUACGGCAGCUGGAGACCAGAGUUGCUCAGACUACAGCGAUUAACCUUUGCACAAAUCCUGUGUGUCAAAACUCUGAUCAUUUAGCCCUUAUCAUUAUUACAUUCCUGACCUGGGUUUGACUACCUUAAAACUAAUCCCUGCUAUUAAUGUAGUUCAACCAGCAGAAUCAAACUCUUUUAUCACAAAGGUUUAAAUAUGAUUGCAACGCCCUUUUCUAUGCCUAUCUCCACCAAAAGCAACUUGGAGCACACACAAAAUGAUGACUCACUGUGUUUGCACAACAGCGUAGUUAUUAGACGGGGGACAACAGUUACUCUUACCAAGGAAUAGCUGAUAUCAGUAGGUUUGGAGCAAAUGAGCUACAUAUAGGGUUUCCAGAAGUUAAACGUGUCUUUGCAAGAGCUCAUUUGUUUCAAAAAAAAUUGUGCCUUCUAUUACAUUUUUUUAAUUUAUGACAAAAGGUGUUUAUUUUUCUGCCCUACCAAGAGAUUCAGUUUUGGUCAUUUGAUCAGACUAAGUGCAGCAAAGUGCUUGAGUUUAAAAAAAAAUAAAUACAUUUGCAAAGAGAAGACUUUCUCUGGUUUUUGUCUUUUUAGAGAAACAAAAUUUAGAACUCUCACUUGGAGGUAUGGUUGGGGGAACUCUUGCAACAUCAUUUUAGUACUUCUGUUUGCCCCUCUGGGAAAGGUACUCCAGGUAGAUAUUGUAAACAUCCUGUUCAGAUGUGUUUUGAAAAUCUUGAGGAUUUGGUGGGACUUGAACUUGAGCUUUCUGGCUCAACAGUAGGGACACUACCACUGCAUCACAAGAGCUGUCUAUAUGUAUUCCAGAAACAAUAUUAAGCUGGAUGAUCUGCAGGUGUGAUGCAAGUUGCCUCUGGAAUAAGUCUCAAAUCUGAGUGUUUACUACUGUGGUGCUUGAUCACCACUAUUUUAGCUUUUCAAAGCAGACACAAUGGAAUGUCUAUGGAAAUAAUUUUGCAAAAAAAACCCCCAGUAAUUUCCACUUACAUCCAUGUAUUUCUACUUGUUUUGUAUUUUUUUCAAAUAUGGAAAGUGCAACUGACCCAUGAGCAUAAAUUUGGACUUGAUCUGCACUUAUUUAAAAAUCAUUUUAAAAAUGUUUUUUUUACUCUGGUUAUAAAUGCUGACCUGUGUCGAGAUCAUUCCACUGAGAACCUGAUACCUUCUCAGCCAUUCCAGCAAGUGCAAAGUUAAUUGUGAAUCCUUUUAGGUCAGGUGACUGUUCUAUAUUGUCUGGUGGAAUUUGUAUAUGCACAACCAUUUAAUAUGUUCAAAGUAAACAAUUGAGAGUUGGCGUAAAUUGCAGGGAAAUUAGUUGAAACAUUAAUUAGUUCUUAAAGCCUAUUUCUUGUCACUAUUAUAAAACUGUUUCUCAAGUUAUUCAUGAUCUGUACAGAGUUAAGUGAUUUUGACUAGGGAAGCAAUAAUAGGAAAUGCUCCAGUUGGUGUCUAGACUCCAAGGAUAUUGGAAAUAAAACAUUGCCUUCCACUU